UGAGCGCUCAUUAUGAUUGUGACGUCAUACGAGAUACGUGCUGCGCGAGUUCAGAGUAGCAAAGGCUUGUAAAACAUUUGCGGAAUAAUGCGUUACCAGCAUUCGUGUUAACAGAAAUAGGACAGCUAUUAUAUAGAACAAACUAUGUUUUUUAAAGCAGCUAGUUUUAUACUAGUUUUGAAUUUGAUUAGGCUGUCUUUUAUAAACUGUACAAAUCACGACGAUGAUACAAUCGACUCUUUUCUGUGCAGAAAGUGUGGGGAAACGAUUGCAAACCCAAAACAGUUUGCACAUCACCAAAGCCCACUUGCGUUGAAGUGCUGGAACGAAACGUUACUAAACAUACCAAAAGUUAAAAUUCAACUGUUUCAAAAUCCGCAAAAGAUGCAAUUUAAUGUUGUGACUUUUUCCACUGCUAAUGUUUAUGCACACGAACAGGCAUUUUCAGAAGCUUCUUGGUUCCCUGGUUAUGUGUGGAGGAUCACUACAUGCCCGCGCUGUCAUUCACAUCUGGGCUGGAAGUUUCAGCCCGUUAAUUUUAAUCAUGUGACACAUACAGAACAUGAGACUUUUGUUGGAAUAAUUUUAGACAGGCUGCUCGAAAAUAAACACACAGACAGCGUUUUACUUGUGCCAGACUCAUAUAAAAGCUAAUAUCAGUUAUAUAUUCAGUUGUGAUUGUAAUACAUUGUAAAUUGUUGCUGUUUUGUAAAACUGUUUCGUUUUUUUAAUACUUCUAUUUUUCUUGUAAUGAUUGCACUAGCCUAUACAGAUUUUGGUGGCUUGUAAGGUGUUGUAUAAGUUAUAUGUUCAUUCUUUUCUUUCAAUCAUAUUAG